CUAACGGAACGCAGCCACAGACGAAGCGCUCUCCCCUUCCAUCUCAUAGCACCGCCGUUUGACAUUUUCCCAUCUCUGUCUCCGUUAUUCAUUUUCUCUUGGAAUAGCAACAGCAGCCUGUGGAAUAUUCCUUGAAAGCGGAGAAACAGCGUCAACAAGGCGACACAGACAUGAGUGUGGAGGCGUACGGGCCCAGCUCGCAGACUCUGACGUUCCUGGACACCGAGGAAGCCGACCUGCUUGGAGCGGAUACCCAGGGUUCCGAGUACGAUUUCACCGACUUCACCCUGCCAAGCCAGACCCAGACCCAAGGCCAGACCCAAAGCCAGCUCGACAGCCAGGUUAAUGGUCCAGACGGAUUGCUGCAGAAUGGAGAUGACCCUGUAAUAAAAGCCAGUCAACUGCUGGCAGAGCUGAACUUUGAGGAGGAUGAAGAGGACACCUACUACACCAAGGACCUUCCUGUACAUGCAUGCAGUUAUUGUGGGAUUCAUGAUCCAGCCUGUGUGGUUUACUGCAAUACCAGCAAGAAGUGGUUUUGUAACGGCCGUGGAAACACAUCUGGCAGCCACAUUGUAAACCACCUGGUGAGAGCAAAGUCCAAAGAGGUAACGCUGCAUAAAGAUGGCCCUCUGGGGGAAACACUGUUGGAGUGUUACAACUGUGGUUGUCGCAAUGUCUUCCUGCUGGGCUUCAUUCCUGCUAAAGCUGAUUCUGUAGUGGUGCUACUAUGCAGGCAGCCAUGUGCCAGUCAGAGCAGCCUGAAAGACAUCAACUGGGACAGCUCACAGUGGCAGCCUCUCAUCCAGGACCGCUGCUUCCUGUCCUGGCUGGUCAAGAUCCCCUCAGAGCAGGAGCAGCUUCGUGCCCGCCAGAUCACUGCCCAGCAGAUCAACAAGCUGGAGGAACUCUGGAAGGAUAAUCCCACUGCGACCUUGGAGGAUCUAGAGAAGCCUGGUGUGGAUGAGGAGCCCCAGCACGUCCUGCUCCGUUAUGAAGAUGCUUAUCAGUACCAAAACAUCUUUGGUCCUCUGGUGAAGUUGGAAGCUGACUAUGACAAGAAACUCAAAGAGUCUCAGACCCAAGACAACAUUACAGUCAGAUGGGAUUUGGGACUGAAUAAGAAGAGGAUUGCAUAUUUCAGUCUGCCGAAGACAGACUCAGAUAUGCGACUGAUGCAGGGAGAUGAAAUUUGCCUGAGGUACAAAGGAGACCUGGCUCCUCCAUGGAAAGGAAUUGGACAUGUCAUCAAAGUCCCUGACAACUAUGGUGAUGAGAUUGCCAUAGAGUUGAGGAGCAGUGCCGGUGCACCAGUGGAGAUUCCACACAACUUUCAGGUCGACUUUGUGUGGAAAUCUACUUCCUUUGACAGAAUGCAGAGUGCCCUGAAGACAUUUGCUGUGGAUGAGACCUCAGUGUCAGGUUACAUCUAUCAUAAACUUUUAGGACAUGAGGUAGAAGAUGUGGUCAUCAAGUGUCAGCUGCCUAAACGCUUCACUGCGCAAGGCUUGCCUGAUCUGAACCACUCCCAGGUCUAUGCUGUGAAGACAGUGCUGCAGCGCCCCCUCAGUCUGAUCCAGGGACCUCCCGGCACAGGGAAGACUGUAACCUCUGCUACCAUUGUCUACCACCUAGCAAAACAGGGUAACGGGCCGGUGCUGGUGUGCGCUCCCAGUAACAUUGCUGUCGACCAGCUCACAGAGAAGAUCCACCAGACGGGACUCAAGGUGGUGAGGCUGUGUGCCAAGAGCAGAGAAGCCAUUGACUCACCUGUGUCCUUCCUGGCUUUGCACAACCAGACCCGUAACAUGGAGAGUAUGCCAGAGCUUCAGAAGCUCCAGCAGCUGAAGGAUGAGACUGGCGAGCUGUCGUCCUCUGACGAGAAGCGCUACCGAGCUCUGCGACGCACUGCUGAGAGGGAGCUGCUUAUGAAUGCUGAUGUGAUCUGUUGCACCUGUGUCGGGGCGGGGGAUCCUCGUCUGGCCAAGAUGCAGUUCCGUUCAAUCCUGAUCGAUGAGAGCACGCAAGCCACUGAACCAGAGUGCAUGGUGCCUGUCGUCCUGGGGGCAAAGCAGUUGAUUUUGGUGGGUGAUCACUGCCAGCUGGGUCCUGUGGUGAUGUGUAAGAAGGCAGCUAAAGCAGGUCUGUCCCAGUCUCUGUUUGAGCGUCUGGUAGUUCUGGGGAUCCGGCCCAUUCGUCUGCAGGUCCAGUAUCGUAUGCACCCAGCACUCAGCGCCUUCCCUUCCAACAUCUUCUAUGAAGGUUCGCUGCAAAAUGGAGUCACUGCUGCUGAUCGUAUGAAGAAAGGCUUCGACUUCCAGUGGCCACAGCCGGACAAGCCGAUGUUCUUUUACGUCACACAAGGCCAAGAGGAAAUUGCCAGCUCUGGAACAUCCUAUCUCAACAGGACAGAGGCAGCAAAUGUGGAGAAAAUAACCACGCGGCUGCUGAAGGCUGGAGCUAAACCUGAUCAAAUCGGCAUCAUUACCCCCUACGAGGGUCAGAGGUCAUACCUGGUCCAAUACAUGCAGUUCAGUGGCUCCCUCCACACCAAACUCUACCAGGAAGUGGAGAUAGCCAGUGUGGAUGCCUUUCAAGGCAGAGAGAAAGACUUCAUCAUCCUGUCCUGUGUAAGAGCCAAUGAGCACCAGGGCAUCGGCUUCCUUAAUGAUCCCCGACGUCUAAAUGUGGCACUCACCAGGGCCAGGUAUGGUGUGAUUAUCGUGGGAAACCCUAAGGCCUUGUCCAAGCAGCCGCUGUGGAACCACCUGCUCAACUACUACAAGGAGCAAAAGGUUCUGGUCGAAGGCCCUCUCAACAACCUGAGGGAGAGCCUCAUGCAAUUCAGCAAGCCUCGCAAGUUGGUCAACACCAUCAACCCUGGGGGUCGUUUCAUGAGCACUGCCAUGUAUGAUGCCAGGGAGGCUCUCAUUCCUGGGUCUGUCUAUGACCGCAGCAGUAAUGGGCGUAUGUCUAACAUGUACUUCCAGACCCAUGACCAGAUCGGUAUGAUUGGCACGGGCCCAGGUCCUAUGAGCUCCAUGAACAUUCCCAUCCCCUUCAACCUUGUGAUGCCUCCUAUACCUCCCUCUGGCUACAUGGGACAGAUGAACGGGCCCACAGGAGGUCGCGGUGGAGGUAUGAAGGGCAAGGCAAGCGGUGGAGGUGGAGGUGGAGGUGGGUCUAGAGGUGGCCGCCAAAGAAACCGCAGCAACAUAGGUGGAGGGAAUGGAGGAAUGGACCGUGGGCACGGAGGACAUAUGAGCGUCAGCCAGGCCAGCCAGGACCUGGGCUCCCAGUCCUUCUCCCAGGGACCUUUGACACAAGGUUACAUGAACAUGAGCCAACCAUCACAGAUGAGUCAGCCUGGGCUCUCCCAGCCUGAACUCUCCCAGGACAGUUACCUAGGAGAUGAGUUCAAGUCCCAGAUUGAUGUGGCUCUGUCCCAGGACUCCACCUACCAGGGGGAGCGGGCCUACCAGCAGGGUGGUGUGACUGGACUGUCCCAGUACUAGAGUAUUGCUGGAAAUGAUCUAGGCCCGUGUAAAGCUUAGUUCAUUGGUAUUUUAAUCUGGGUAAUAACAAAAAAGAACAAACAUGGGUACCCGUUUUCCACUGCUACAACCGAAGCACCACUGUGUGAAAGUAACAGGAGAGAGACCGUGAGAAACCAACCAAUCACAAGAGUGAGAGCAAGAAAGGGAGUAGAGCUGGACAGGAAGAGAGCAAGAGAAGGGAGCGAGGAGGCAGGUGGAGGAGACGAGCCACUGCUGCUCGCAUGCGAAGAAGACAUGGCAAAGGAGAAAGCUUGUCGUCGUCGUCAGAGCAGCGCAGUUAGAGAGGCAAGACCUUGGACAGGUCAAGGAGGGUGGAUGGCCCAAACAAUUCUGGAGUGGGGAGAAGGAUGACUGUGUCAUUUUGUCCCCCGUGUGCCCCUGAAUCUGGGGCAUCUCCAGAUGGUAUGGUCGUAAAUCUUGCUCCAGAAGCUGAGAAGGAUGGAGAAGAAGAGAAGUCUCACACUAAAGUCCUCCAAGCUAACUCAACAAGUUGUCCUCUGUGACUUGGAGAGAGAGCAAGAGAAAACAAUAGGGGACACAACCCGUGAAGCAGUUGACAUGGCAACUUUUCUCAAAACUUGAAUCGAGGUUCUGCAUUUGAUCACACCCCAAGCAUCCAGGAGAGAUGAGCGGCAAAACACCGUUUGCCCUUUCGAGUGAACUCAAAAGUGCUUGUGGCGUUGAAAUGAUGUGCGAGGAUUACACAGCCACUGGUCAUUCACUUUUGUUUCCGAGUUUUGAGUUGGAAAGUUUUCUAAGUAAAAGCUGUUUUCGUGGAGGUUUUUAAGUGAUGCAAGCGAGUGUAGGUGGUCUGUCUUUAAGGCAGGUCUUUCUCAACGUUAGUCUGCAAAACACGUGUGACGGAAUUACUGUAGCUCUAAAAAAAUAGGAAAAUGUUCGAAAAACACCUUUGUCUCCAAAUCUGAGGACAACUCCUUCUGAACAGAGAGAGACAAUUUUGUUUUCAUUGUUCUUAAUGUCUUUUUGUAAGUGCAAAAGAGUGAAAUGUCCCGUAAGCAGCUUAUUAUUUGGAUGACGUUGUGAGUCUUUUCUGCUCAUCCUGAAGCUGCUAAAGCUAGCAUACUGGGAUUCUCUCAAGUGUCUACACUGUCGCUAAAAGCAUCAAAUAAGCCGAAUUCAGACGGCUUGUCAAAGAUCCUAGCCCUGAAGUAAAGUGCAAUAAUGGUUUCGAUCAUUGCAGUUAAGUGAGACUGUUGUAAUUGAAGUCACAAGCUUGUGUUUUCAUGUCUGUCGACUUAUUCACUACACUACAGAGUCAUAAAAACUUCUAAGGCCCCAUUUGAGGAUGAAUGGUUGAACAGAAGCUCGAUCAUAGUUGUCACCACUUGAGACUUUUGGUGAAAGAUAUUGUGACAUGUAUUUUGGAAAGUCUGAUAUUUCAAAUGACAUACUUAGACGUUAUAAUGUAUGUUUAACAUGAUAAUCUAAGAGUAUGUGGGACUGUUUAUUAUAGUUUUUGUUUUUUGUUGGCCCACAGUCUGAAGCUUAUAGAAGAGUUACAUAGUAUUGCAUCAUGUGAAUCUAGAGUCUCAUUUCACAGGUUUUGGAUGGACUUUAGUUGAAGUUUUCACGUGUCUUGUAUUUAGUCAGUACCUCUAAUUCACUUCCAAAUGUUACUCUCUACAGUCCUUACUUUCUUUGUGAUCUUUGUUGUUUUCCAGUUUCACAUUAUUUGAAUGCAUGGCACAAAUGUAACAAUGGCUGUUUGUCUUCAUGACCAGAGCCACCUUGACUGAAGUUGGUUUUGUUAUUUUUAUUUUUGUUACUAAUUUAUUUAUUUUUUUAUCAUGCCAAAACAAACAUGAACUAAACCAGGUUUGUUGAAAACACAGAUGGACAGGUGAUGAAAUUCAGAUUCACACGACUUACCUGUGGAGAAGCUGGCUGUAUUUCUGCCACACCUUCUCCAUGUGAGGUGACCAUCAGUAUCUAUAUGCAUGUCAUCAUUGACAUGUUAACGACUUUUAAUUUGGACAUUUGUUUGGCCUCCUCAUCCUCUUCCAAUGUUGCAUGUCCUAGGUUAACUUUGAUUAAAUUGCAUGUUGUCCACUAAAACGUAAUUUGCUCGUACGGUCUUAAUCUGGCAUGUUGCUGUUGAAGAGUGAACUGUAAAUGAAGACCCUUUGUGUUGUCACAUGACUGCACCUUUUCAUUGUGUUGGAAAAUUAAAGUUUGGUGCUUGUUUUUACGUC